GCCUCUAAUGUUUAUCAAAAUUGGCUCUUUAUCCACUUUUGUAGUCUCCUCUACUGAAGUUGCAAAAGAAAUUUUAAAGAAGAUUGCAUACCAUACGUGGGUUGGAUCAUCGAUAGAGUUAAUGGUCAUCACAAAAAACUUGAAAGAGUAUUUCAUGAACUAGAUACUAUCUUCCAAAAUGCCAUUCAUGUCCAUCUUCAUUCAGAGAAAAACCAGCAAAACAAAAACAUUAUCAAUGUAAUGCUAGAAUUAGACAAAGAUAAUCAAGAUCGCUCAACUGAACCAUUCCUCGAAAGUGAUCAUAUCAAAGCAGUGCUCAUGGACAUCUUUUUUGGUGGAAUUGACACUAGUGCAAAUAUUAUAAUAUGGGCAAUGACAGAACUUAUUCGUAAUCCCAGAGUGAUGAAUAUCGCACAAAAUGAAGUUAGAAGUUGCAUUGAAAAGAAAGAAAGAGUUUCAGAAGAUGAUUUAGAGAAACUUCAAUAUCUCAAGUUAGUAAUAGAAGAGACUAUGAGAAUUCACUUUUUAGUUCCUUUAUUGACCCCAAGAGAAGUCAUUUCUCAUUUUCAGAUAAAUGGGUAUGACAUUUUUCCUAAAGACUUGAUAAUUAUUAAUGCUUGGGGUAUUGCAAGAGAUCCUAAUUACUGGGAUAAAUCUGAAGAGUUUUUUCCAGAAAGAUUUAUAGAUAAUCCCGUUGAUUAUAAAGGACAAUAUUUUGAAUUUCUUCCAUUUGGAUCUGGUCGAAGAAUUUGUCCAGGAAUGAAUAUGGGGUUAGCAAUUAUUGAGCUUGCACUUGCCAAUCUCUUACAUUGUUUUAAUUGGGAGCCACCAAAGGGCAUAAAGAACCAUGAUAUUAGCUUGGAUGAAGAAGGAGGUAUUACUCUCUUCAAGAAGAUGCCACUUGAACUUGUACCAAUUGCCUAUCCUCACUCAUGAACUUCAAUGUA